AUGCGCGGAUCAAAGACUGUCACCGCCAAAACUCAUGUUCAGGUUCUUCAUACCUGCCCCGAGUACAAGGCUGAGAGCUUUAGUGAUUAUGCUCACUUCAACGGUACGCUCUCUCGGAGAGGGGUUGUACGUCUAGAGGAACCACCGAAGGACGGAGAAGAAAUGCCGGUGCCGUAA